AUGCCGUCCCACGCCGCGAAGCCGCUCAAGACGAAGAAGAGAGCAAAGGACGAUCUCGAGGAGGAGGCCGACCUCGAGGCGCAGCUGUUCGGCACGAAGAAGUCGUCCAAGAAGACAAGCAAGCGGAGCAAACAUGACGACGAGGAAGACACGGGCAUGGGAUGGAUGCAGGAUUCGGAGCUGUUCACGGUAGACGCGCCGACGUUUGAGGUGCCGUCGUUUGUCGAUGGCGGCGACGCCUGCAACAACACCCACAGCACACGCGCCCCAGCCAUGCCGUCCCACGCCGCGAAGCCGCUCAAGACGAAGAAGAGAGCAAAGGACGAUCUCGAGGAGGAGGCCGACCUCGAGGCGCAGCUGUUCGGCACGAAGAAGUCGUCCAAGAAGACAAGCAAGCGGAGAAACUAUGACGACGAGGAAGACACGGGCAUGGGAUGGAUGCAGGAUUCGGAGGUGCCGUCGUUUGUCGAUGGCGGCGACGAGAGCGACGGAUCAGACGUCUCGGACGACCUGGAGCCUAGCUUUGAGUUCCCCGAGAUCCUGGACACGGCGCCGCCGAAAUCCGUCGCGGGGCCCGUCUGGCACGACCCGGCCGAUGACCAGAUGACGGUGUCUGUGCAGGAGAAGAAGAGGCUGCGGAAACUGGGGCGAGGGAAGAACCCCAUCGACCAGGUUACCGGCGGAGAGCUUCAGGUGAAGCUGCGGGAACAGUUUGAGCGUCUGCAUCCCAAGCCCGAGUGGGCUUCUCGACGAGUAGACACGCGGACAUCGACGAUCCAGCAGCUGCUCAGCUCGACCGAAUCCUUCCUCGCCAACGAGCGACGAGAGGCGCUGGCGCCGAGCUAUAUCGACAUUCAGCGCCUAGUGAACGCCAACGAGCAGAACCCCACGACCGGCAAGAAGAAGGCGUCGGACGCCGGCGCCGGUGUCGUCGAUGUUGCCUGGCACCCGAGCACGAAGUUUGCCGUCAUGGCUGUCGCCGGUGGAGACAGGCGCGUGCGUCUCUUCAACAUUGACGGCCACACGAACGCUCCCCUCGUCACCCUCCACAUCCCCUCUCUUCCCCUCAAGCGCGCGACCUUCCAUCCCUCUGGAUCUGCCCUUCUGCUGACCGGAAACCGCCCCUUCUACUACACCUAUGACCUCGCGACGCAGACGUGCAUUCGCUCGCCCCGCAACCUCUUCGGUUCUACGCCGACACCGACAAGCCCGAAUGCGCUCGACAAGCACGCCUUCUCUCCCGACGGAACUAUCCUCGCCGUUGCAGGACGAAGAGGCUGCGUCAGCCUGAUUGAGUGGGGAAGCGCGGGAAGCACUGGUGUCGUCGUUGGGGAGCUGAAGAGCGGUCGCGGAGGUGCGAUCCAGGACCUGGUCUGGAGCCCGGACGGAAAGACGCUCAGCGUGCUCGGUGGACGUAGCGGCGACGAGGUCGAGGUCUGGGACGUCGCGGAGCGCAAGGUCGUGCGCCAGUGGAAGGACGACCGGGCGUACGGUGGCCUGCUCAUGCGCCGCGGCAGCGACUUCUCUGCCAUUGGCACGGGUAUCGUCAAUCUGUACCAGAACGGCACCCUCGGCGGCGCCAAGGGCCCGAUCGAGUCGUGGAAGUCGCUCGAGCACCUCACGACGCCGAUCAGCGACAUCUCGUUCCACCCCAGUGGCGAGCUGCUCGCGACGGCGAGUGCGCAGAAGAAGGACGCCCUCAAGCUGUACCACCUGCCCUCGGGCACUGCGUUCUCGAACUGGCCGACGGCGGCCACGCCCCUCGGCCGCGUCAGCACGGUCAACUUCUCCCCGAACGGCGAGUACAUGUCGGUCGGCAACAGCAAGGGCCACGUGCUCCUCUGGAGCCUGAAGCACUUUGCUCCCUAA